AUGGCAGGACUCGCGCACGCAAUGGAAUCCCAGCUGUCACAGGCCAACGAAGAGGGCAUCAGACGAGACCCUACGAAGAGCGAGCACUGGCAUCGCGAAGAGGACAAGCCGGCGGGGGAAGGAGGCCGGCCCCGAGCGCAAGGGCGACGAACUCUCCCCCGUGGACGAAGGAGCAACUGA